CCACCGCACCUAGUCUCUGGCUAGCCGCUGUAGCUAACCAACAGAGCCAGGGGCGGGUUAGACCGAGCUGGCAGCAGCUGCCGAAACCGAGCCGAAGCAGGAUGGGGGAAGAACCGGAGCGACUGGGGAAGACUAGCGCUGAAAGUAAAGACCCGGGAGAUGAGAAUCACGUAUCUGAGGACCCGGCAGGGGUUAAAUAUUACUCACUAGAAGAGGUUCAGACCCACAACAUGAGCAAAGACACAUGGCUCAUCAUCCACGAUAAAGUUUAUGACAUUACAAGAUUCCUGGAGGAGCAUCCGGGAGGUGAGGAAGUGCUGCUGGAACAGGCGGGUGCAGACGCAACAGAGAGCUUUGAAGAUGUCGGGCAUUCCACAGACGCCAGAGAGAUGCUGCAGCAGUACUACAUCGGAGAGCUGCACAUGGAUGACAGAAAAAAAGAAUCCAAGAAGGACGUUUACAUCACAACUUCAAAAGAGUCCAGCUCGUGGUCCACCUGGCUGAUUCCGGCUGUAGCUGCUGCUGUCGUGGGCGUGAUGUACCGUUAUUACAUGCUAGAACACAAAUCAUCUUGAGCACGAUUUGCCACGGCCUGGAUUACCAAAACCGUAUGCAGAAGCAUAGCAUAGCGUUUAAUGUUAGUGUUUAUAGAGGUACACACUCUACUGUCAGACUGCUAUCAGACCUUCAUUAGCUGUGUCUCAGUGAAGGCCCAGGCCAGGGCCACCUUUUCUUUCUUUUUCUCUUUUUUAUUUUCUUAUUUCUUAUUUUCUCUCUUUCAUCUGGAGGCCUUGACUUCUCUGUCCAGUCCCCUCUGCUCCCCAUACCAUCACACUGGAUGCACAGAAUGACCCUCAAUCCUGUACUGACAUAUUAAUGCAUCACGAAUCGCAGGAUUAUUCCUUUUUUAUGUUAAUUUCCCCUCUUUCUGUCUCAGUCGUUAUUAGAAAGGAUUAGAGCAGGAUGAGCUGCUCCUCUUCAGACUCACACUUUGUCGUUUUCGUCCACAGCACUGAAUCUGAAUGUGGGUUACACUGUGCCUUGUGUGCCACCUUCUGUUAGUGCUCACUGUUCAGCACCACUCCAGACUAAAAUAAUGAUGGGUUUUGAUGAUUAUGAAAGACUAUUAUAAACGAUUCUGGUACUCAUCCCAUCUCUAAAUAUGUACAUCACUCCAUGUGUACACCUAAAGCCCACAAACAAAUCAAUAGGUUUAUGUUUAUUAUCUGCUCUUAAAGAGAGUUCUAUUCUAUUGGCAGUAAUUCUCUAUCUCUACGGUGAUUGGACAAAAAUACACUGUGUGUAUUUUCACAUCUGUGUCAGCAGUGGAUGCAACUGCAGCUUUCAUUACACAAACAUUUGGACAUAAAAUGAGGUUUUAAAAUAUGUUAUCACAUUAUUAAUGAUUCAUGAGCAUUUGCAAUGUAUAAAAUUAAAUUCAAGCCAACUUAAGAUAAGAGGAAAUUAAAUGAUUAUGGAGAUGUUUUGAGUUAAAAGAGAAAUCUGGUUUGAAAUGGACUUGAGGUGUAGUGAAACAUUUGGACAUAUAAUCUUGUCUUUAUGUAUCAACCUUAUAAUGCUGAGGAUCCAGUGAUUUUUUUUACACAGUGAAAAUAUAAAUAUAAAUAUAAAAAUAGGAAAGUAACUGAAUAUGGAGAAUCUUUAGUUAAUUUGACUCUAGUUUCGUCAGAAGUCCUAAAUCACAUUUGUUUGGAUGGCACAGGUGGUCUCCUUUAAUUUGUCAGAGCUAUCUGGCGCAGGAGCAAGAAAGUAAAUAUAGUGAGAAGACUCUGUGUUUCAGCGAGUAUAUCUGUGCAGUGUGAAGCUAGUUUAAUAAGGAAACGCUACAAAUUGUGAACGGAUAGUACACAGAUUUGUAAAUGCUGCACACACCACUUGUGUAAACAGCAUGGAGCAGCGCAGACAACGUUUGUUCAUAGCUGGGGUAACUAAUAAGCGUUAGUUAAUCUGAUAUAUCUGGAUAAUAUAUCAGAUUAAGUUGCACAUUAUCAUCGGUUUAGCUCAAAUAAAAGGAGUAUAUUUGAUAGCUGGGUUGAAUCGAGACUGGAUCAGCAUCUCACUACAAGCGAACCACUCCAGAGUUUUUCCAUUCGUCAUCAUAAAAUCUUUUAAAGCAUAAAAAAAAUAAUAAUUCUCAUAUACGUAGCACUUCAAAAAUCUAUUACAGAAAAAUAAAAAAGAGGGUCCCCCUGUUCUUUUUCUUUCUUUCUUUUUUUUUUCUUUUUUUUUUCUUUUUCAUUUAAACGACUUUUCCCCAAUCCAGAUGCAUGUAUGUAAGGGUCCAGAUAUAACACACAUAAUAAGUUGCCUACAAGCCUAAUCGUCCAACACAUUUAACUCUCUUUAUUAUUCUCUUUCUGAUUCAUACAGUGUGGUACUGAAAGAUUACAGAUGAUGAAAAAUGGUCCUAACACUUUUGCCCUUUUGUAUUUUUUACACAUAUGUUUAUGGAGAUGUAAUGAAGAGUAUAAUAACAGUAAUUUAUUCGUUGGAGAAGCUGAUUUGUGGUUUUGUGUGUUUAAUACUUGAACUGGUGAGCAGUCCACAAAGUCUAUAUUUCAUAUAUACGUAUAUAUAUUUCAUACGCAGAUUAUUCUAUGCAUUCUACAGUACGUUUUUUUUUUCUUCAUCUCGUCGUUGCCGCCGACAGUUGUAGCGUGUGCUGUUUCACGUGUUCGAUGCCUCAGAAGAGUUUGGUCCGUGAGCUGCCUUCCCCUGCAGUAGUGACAUUGUUCUAUAUGUAUGCAGAUCUGUUCUUUGUUUUGUCUCUUAAUGAUUAUAUGUCUUUUCAUAUGCAUAUUCACUGUAUUCUUUUUUUCUUUUCAGCCCAUGCAGCUUUUUUUUUUCUUACUUUCAGUGCUUUUUACACAAUCGGGUGGUUGAAUGUUUUGUUAAAUAUGCUCUGAUUUCAUGUAAUUGCACCCUGUAUACACUCAUUAACCAAAAAUAUUAUAAUAAUGCACCAAGAAUACAGUAUAUAAGUGAUUACAAUUUUACACCUGGUUUUAGACCACAAUAAUUGAUUGUGGUGACGGACAGUUCUGGUGGAAACAGGAGAGUUGAGGUGCACAUUGGAUCCUUCCGUGAUUUGAUCAGCCGUGGUUUUCUGUUUUUUGGAUACAAUCUGGGUUAGCACCCGAACAUCCCUUUCAGACAGCUUCCUCUUACAGCGUCCACAGUUAAUCCUGUUGGAUGUGGUUGAUCCUUCUUGGUGGUAUGCUGACAUUACCCUGGAUACCGUGGCUCUUGAUGCAUCACAAAGUCUUGCUGUCUUGGUCACAGAUGCGGCAGCAAGACGUGCACCAACAAUUUGUCCUCUUUUGAACUCUGGUAUGUCUCCCAUAAUGUUGUGUGCAUUCCAAUAUAUUGAGCAGAACUGUGCUCUUACCCUGCUAAUUGAACCUUCACACUCUUAUUGCUCUUACUGCUGCAAUGUGCAAUUAAUGAAGAUUGGCCACCAGGCUGCUCCAAUUUAGUCAUGAAACCUCCCACACUAAAAUGACUGGUGUUUCAACAGUUUCAUAGUCCAUCC